AUGCAGAGAAUGAAAACAGAUACAGUUGUGGUUAAGGAACUAACAUUAUUACUUUUCUCUGUCAGAUGUGUUGUAGAAGACAAGAACUCCAAGGUGGCCUGGUUGAACCGUUCUGGCAUCAUUUUCGCUGGACAUGACAAGUGGUCUCUGGACCCCCGGGUUGAGCUGGAGAAACGCCAUUCUCUGGAGUACAGCCUCCGAAUCCAGAAGGUGGAUGUCUAUGAUGAGGGUUCCUAUACGUGCUCGGUUCAGACGCAGCAUGAGCCCAAGACCUCCCAAGUUUACUUGAUUGUGCAAGUUCCACCAAAGAUCUCUAACAUCUCCUCUGAUGUCACUGUGAAUGAGGGCAGCAAUGUGACCCUGGUCUGCAUGGCCAAUGGCCGCCCUGAACCUGUUAUCACCUGGAGGCACCUUACACCAACUGGUAGAGAAUUUGAAGGAGAAGAAGAAUAUCUGGAGAUUCUUGGCAUCACCAGGGAGCAGUCAGGCAAAUAUGAGUGCAAAGCUGCCAACGAGGUCUCCUCAGCCGAUGUCAAACAAGUCAAGGUCACUGUGAACUAUCCUCCCACCAUCACAGAGUCCAAGAGCAAUGAAGCCACCACAGGACGACAAGCUUCACUCAAAUGCGAGGCAUCGGCAGUGCCUGCCCCUGACUUUGAGUGGUACCGGGAUGACACCAGGAUAAACAGUGCUAACGGCCUUGAGAUUAAGAGCACGGAGGGCCAGUCCUCCCUGACGGUGACCAACGUCACUGAGGAGCAUUAUGGAAACUAUACCUGCGUGGCCGCUAACAAGCUGGGGGUCACCAACGCCAGCCUAGUCCUUUUCAAGCGUGUUUUACCCACAAUCCCCCACCCCAUUCAAGAAAUUGGCACCACCGUGCACUUCAAGCAAAAAGGACCUGGUUCGGUGAGAGGAAUAAAUGGAUCCAUCAGUCUGGCCGUACCACUGUGGCUGCUGGCAGCAUCUCUGCUCUGCCUUCUCAGCAAAUGUUAAUAGAAUAAAAAUUUUAAAAUAAUUAAAAAAACACACAAAAAUGCAUCACACAGGAUACAGAAAGAGAGAGAGCGUGCAAGAUGGGGGAGACCAUUUAUUUCACAAUUUUGUGUGUUUAUAAAUGAGGGGGAAAUACAAAAAUGAAGGAUAUACAACACUUAAAAAAAAUUCGAAGUCCAUCAAUUAAAAAAAAAGAGUAUAAUUCAGAGUGGGAAAAAUUCUCCCAGGAUGUGUGUGUAUCUACCAAGCAAAUGAAUGCUGUGUAAAGACUACCAUGUUAAGAACAUCUGAUGUUGUAAAAAAUAAGACAAGUACCAGAUGGAUAUUAACACCCCCCACACACUUUACCCUUCCUUCCUUCAUCCUUUUUCAUCUGUGGGGAAAAAAACAAGGUCUUUCCUUUGGUGUUUAUAUUUCCAUAAUCUUUUUAUUAUUCUGUUUUUCAUUUGAGCUGACUUAUAGUCAUUUUGGACUAUUAAUGGAAUCCUGUGUUGAGCCUUUAUC